GGUGAGGGCAGGUUAUCAAGUAGCAGCCCAUGGAACGACAUCUCGAUGUCUCAUGCAGGGCUGCCAAGUGGAGGAGGCCUUCCUGUGCAAGGUGCUGCGCGAUGUCGUGAACCAGCACAUCCUGCAGAAGGAGCAGGUGGAAGAUGAUCUAGGGAAGCACCUGGAGGCCCUGUGGGACCUCUCUGCGGAUGCCGCCUGCGCCGAGGCCUGCUGCGCCCUCCGUGGCGCGGAGAUCCUCGCGCAGGCAGCCGAGGCCCAUGACUUCGCCGGGCGGUUGCCGGAGGUGGCCUUAGGCAUCCUCGCCAACGUCUCCUCCCACAGCUUGAGCGAAGAGACGCUCGGAAGUUACGAUGACUUGGCGUCGACAGCUUUGAAGGCGUUGGCAGCUGCAGAUGCCGCCGUUUGCGCACAAGCGCUGCGCAUUUGCUGUGGCCUGUUGUGCAGUCAGAGAUCGCUGACUCUCCUUUGGAGCCCGGAGGCCUUCGAGCGAUAUAUCUUCGCUCUGGGGAACUCCUUGCGCUGGGACGUGGU